CAGGUCAGAGUGGGAGGGCAGCAGGCGGGAUCAUAGAGCCUCCAGAGAAAACUAUCGGAGAAAAGUUUAUCUCAACACUGCAGUUUCCUAACUGGUUCAGGAGAACAUGGCCUCUCUGUGAACUGAAGAGGCUCAUUCACCAAGUGACUCUGGAUCUGAACUGCCGUAGAAUAUGAACAUUAUCAGGUGUAUCUCCUGGUUUUGUGGAUAAAACUGAGUCUAUAUUUGUGAGCCAGUAUGGGAGACUGGAAUUUGUUGGGGAAGCUGCUGGAGAGUGCCCAGGAACACUCCACCGUCGUGGGCAAAGUCUGGCUGACAGUGCUGUUCAUCUUCCGCAUCCUGGUGUUGGGUGCCGCCGCUGAGAAGGUGUGGGGCGAUGAGCAGUCUGGCUUCACGUGUGACACCAAGCAGCCCGGUUGUCAGAACGUCUGCUAUGACAAGACCUUCCCCAUUUCUCACAUCCGCUUCUGGUCGAUGCAGAUCAUCUUUGUCUCAACACCAACUCUCAUUUAUCUGGGCCACAUUCUUCAUCUGGUCCGCAUGGAGGAAAAGGACAAACAGAAAGAGAAGGACUUUGCCAUGCACAGUGAAAAGCACCAGCAGUUACAUGGCACUAAACCCAAGAAGGCCCCAGUUAAAGAUAACCUGGGCCAUGUGCGUUUGAAAGGCGCACUGCUGCGAACCUACGUCUUCAACAUUAUUUUCAAGACCCUGUUCGAAGUGACCUUUAUUGCAGCUCAGUACUUCCUGUAUGGUUUCCAGCUCAAGUCAAUGUACACCUGUGACCGUUGGCCUUGCCCUAAUGUGGUGAACUGCUUCAUCUCUCGACCCACUGAGAAGACGGUCUUCAUAUUCUUCAUGUUGGCUGUAGCCUGUAUCUCCCUGCUGCUCAACUUGGUAGAAAUAUACCAUCUAGGUUUCAAAAAGUGCCACCAGGGCCUUCGUUACAGACGAUCACAGGCUGCAGACGAGGCUCCCAAGGCCCUGACUGAGGCGGUCAUGCCCUAUGUCCCAAACUAUAACUACUUUGCUGGUCAUUCUGCAGUGCCUGAACCUUUCCCCACGGGCUCAAAGUGCAGCAUGGUAGAACCGAACUCUGCCUACAGCCCCUACAACAGCAAAGUGGUUUACAAGCAGAACAGAGACAAUAUGGCUGUGGAGAGAAAAGGCAAAGUAGGGGAAGAUGAUGUGAAGGAGAGGAAAAUCUCCAGCCCUAUCUUUGAGUUGUCCAUUGAAAAUCCGCGCAGAAACAGUCAGUCAAGCAGGCAGAGUAGUAACAAGAGCAGGCUGGAUGGCCUCAAUAUCUAAGGAUCUUCUGUAGUUGUAUCUAAGACUCAGGAUCAACAUGCAUUGGCUUGUGAAAAUAUUUGCAUGUAACAGUGGUGAACAAUUUUAAAAUCAAGAUUUGAGAGCGUGCAGGGACAGAUUUGUAAAUGUAGAACCUGUGAGAGUCAAUCACAAACAGGCUUUAAAGGACAUAAAUGGUUCUUAUGGUGAGUUUGUUUCUAUGUGACACUUAGAUAAACUCACUAUGAGUUUGCAUGUGAUGGAUACAACUUUGAAAAUAAGAAGUUAAUGGAUGCUACACUUCUCACUCAAAUCAAAAUUUUAAUGAAUUCCUCUUGUAGUAUCAAAUCAUAAACUACUAUAUGCCUACGUCCACAAUUAUUUUUCUUUUACUCAGUAAACGUCCUUUGUCUACAAAUCUGCAUUUUCUGAAGUGUCGACUUGCAGAUGAAUUAAUGUUUAAAUUUGUUUUGUACUCGCUCUGUAUUUUUGAUAAUGAUGAUCUUCCAUAUUUGUGGGUGAUAAAGAUGCAGAUAACUUGAGAGUUGUUUUUUUUAUACAAGCAACUUACUUAAUAAAACUGUGAGAUGCAUGGAAGAGAUGUCAAAGCAAAAGCAAAAUGCUGUUUUUGUCUGAAAUUAACC